AUGUCAGACGACGAAAAGAGAAGAAACUCAGCCGGCAAGGCUUCAGCCGUUGCAGGCGAUGCCUCCAGCAUUCAAUAUGGCAUCGACGAUAGCAUGGGUCAUCUCCAUCGACGACUCAACAACCGUCAGAUCCAGCUUAUCGCCGCCGGUGGUUCCAUCGGAACAGCCCUCUUCAUCUCCAUCGGUGGAGGUCUCGCCAAGGGUGGCCCUGGCAGUCUUCUCAUCGCCUACACACUCUACUCUCUUGUCCUUGCUCUCGUUAACAACUCGAUCGCUGAGAUGAACACAUAUAUGCCUGUUGCUGGUGGCUUUGUUCGCUUGGCUGGUUACUGGGUUGACGAUGCCCUUGGUUUCGUCGCUGGCUGGAACUUCUUCCUCUAUGAGGCUCUGAUUAUUCCCUUUGAGAUUACUGCUUUGACUUCUGUCAUCUCUUUCUGGAGUCCUAAAGCUCUUGAAGCUGGCCCAACUGCUGGUAUCUGCGCUGCUGUCAUUAUCUGCUACGGUCUCCUCAACGUCCUCGCCGUCCGCUUCUAUGGUGAAUCCGAGUUCUGGCUCUCAGGUGGAAAGCUCAUCCUGAUCUUCCUCCUGUUUGCCUUCACCUUCGUCACCAUGUGCGGUGGUAACCCUCAGCACGAUGCCUACGGCUUCCGACACUUUUCCAAUCCCGGCUCCUUCACUACAUACCUCAGCCAAGGCGACAAGGGCCGCUUCGAAGGCUUCCUCGCUGCCCUCUUCAGCGCCUCCUUCACCGUCGUCGGACCCGAGUACAUUUCUAUGGUCUCUGCUGAGGCUCAACGCCCUACAUUCACCAUCAAGAGUGCCUUCAAGACCGUCUACUACCGAUUCUGCAUCUUCUUCAUCGUUGGUGCCCUCGCUGUCGGCAUCUGCUGUGCUUACAACGACCCCAAGCUCGUUGACAUCUACUUCGGCGCCGGUGGCACUGGAAACGCUGCUUCUUCUCCCUAUGUCAUUGCCAUGACCAACCUUGGCAUCAAGGGUCUUCCUCACUUCGUUAACUUCCUGAUCCUUACAUCUAUCUUCUCUGCAGGUAACACAUAUACCUACUGUGCUACCCGUGCUCUCUACUCUCUUUCCCUUGAAGGCCGCGCCCCUCAAUUCCUGCGAUACUGCAACAAGAGCGGUAUUCCUAUCUACUGCUUCUGCAUCACCAUGCUGUUCCCCUUCCUCUCCUUCCUCCAGGUUGCCAACGGCUCUGCCAAGGUCCUCGGCUGGUUGAUCAGCAUUGUCACUGGUGGCGGUCUCAUCACUUUCAUGAUCAUGAACAUCACCUUCAUCAACUAUCACCGUGCCUGUGUCGCUCAGGGUGUCGACCGCAAGACCGAGCGUCCCUACUACGGCUACUUCCAGCCCUACGGUGCUUACAUCGCCCUUGCCGUCCAGUUCGUUCUCGUCCUCGCUUACGGAUACUACGCUUUCCGACCCAAGUUCGACGUCGAGGUUUUCUUCCAGAACUACUCCAUGCAGAUCCUUGCUGUUCUCCUCUUCACUGGCUGGAAGGUCUUCAAGAAGACCAAGUGGCUCCAGCCCCACGAGGUUGACCUUGUCUGGGAGCGACCUCAAAUUGAGGCUUACGAGGCUACCUUCACCGAGCCCCCUGUUGGCUUCUGGACUGAGAUGGCUCAGCUUUGCAUGCCUUGCUUCUUCCACAAGAAGAAGACUUCUUCUGAAGUUUAA